AUGAUGCGCUGUAGGAGAGAAUGGCUGCUCGCGCCGUGCGUCAUCUCCGUGCUGCUGUUGGCACCAAUCCUCUGCGAAGGAUUGUUCUUUGGCGCAAGCGAGGUGUCGCCGCCUGCGCUGACGCCACCCUUCAUCAAGCAAUCAGGCGAACGGGGAAUACCGCAGGCUGUUGGCGUCGUUUGGCCGGUCGCCUUCCUCCUCACAUCAAUGACAUUGGUUUUGCUUAUCAAGUUCUUCUCCGAGUCAAAAUAUGGAUUCAACGACCGUCAAUUCCACGGUUCAUUGGAUGAUCAACCACGGUCGGUACACUCUCUAAGCAUCACGGUGUCGUUUGUAGAGAUUGUCAAAUCCAUUGGCAUCUUGCCAUACAACACCAGGUACCUCAAAGUGUUACUCCUCUUCAUCCUUGCACCAACUACGGCGUCUUCCACCGGCUGCCCCUCCCCAACCUUCGACGGAGCACUUGAGUUCCCGUUGUUUCACAGGGACCAUCCAUGCGUCCAGCAACACCUCGGCAAUACGAGGUCAUCUGGAAACAUCGUUGAGAUGGACCUGCCGCUGCCGAUUGACUUGAUACAGAAUGACGAUAUAAACAACUUCCUCUUUCUGAUGCCCAUCAAGCUGGGCACGCCACCGGUCUGGAAUCUUGUGGCAGUUGACACUGGAGCCUCACUUUCUUUUGUUCAGUGCCAACCAUGCACUCUCCGGUGCCACAAGCAAUCUGAUGCCGGGGAAAUAUAUGAUCCUAGCAAGUCGGAGAGUUUCAGUCAUGUUGGGUGCUCAGAAGAGAGCUGCCGCACGGUCCAACGGGCGCUUCGUCUCCAAUCCAAAGCAUGCAUGGAGAAAGAGAACAGUUGCCUCUACAGUAUGACGUUCGGAGGAACAUAUUCAUAUUCCGUCGGCAAGCUAGUGAGGGACAGGCUCGCAAUUGGGCAGUAUGCCAAGGGAUACAGCUUCCCUGAUUUCCUCUUCGGAUGCAGCUUGGACACGGAGUAUCAUCAAUAUGAGGCUGGCCUAGUCGGAUUCGCUGACGAGCCGUUUUCAUUUUUUGAACAAGUGGCACAUCUGGUCAACUACAAGGCCUUUAGCUACUGCUUUCCAAGCGACAGAAGGAAGACGGGGUACCUGUCCAUUGGGGAUUACCCCCGUGUCAACUCCACGUCCUAUACUCCCUUGUUCCUGGCUUGGCAACGAUCACAGUAUGCACUGAAGCUGGAUGAGGUGGUUGUCAAUGGGAUCGCGCUGGUCACAACCCCCUCAGAAAUGAUUGUAGACUCCGGGUCCAGAUGGACAUCACUGCUGUCCGAUACCUUCAACCAACUUGACGCAACAAUCACCAAGGCUCUGCGACCUCUGGGAUAUAAUCGCAGCUAUUAUAGGGGAUCAGAUUAUAUCUGCUUUGAGGAUGCGCACUUUCAACAGUUCAGCAAUUGGGCCGCUUUACCAGCAGUGGAGCUGAAGUUCAACAUGGGCGUUACACUGACUCUACAACCCCAGAGCUCGUUCCACUUUCAUAAUGACUUUGGAGGUGCACAUACUUCAUGA